AUGGUUGUGGAUAAAAAAAAGCGAAAAUAUUCUACAACUAAUGGGACAUCAUUGGAAAAAAAUGAAGAUUCUAUCGAAACAAAAAUUCCUAAAAUAUCUUCACCUUUGAAUCGUUCUUUUGAAAAGUCUAAGAUUAUUAAAUUAACAAAGCAAAAAUCAUUAGUUAUCAUUGAAGGACCUAUUGGAUGUGGUAAAACUACAUUAGUUAAAGAAAUAUCAAAUGAUUUAAAAAUUAAUUAUAAUGUUUUUCAAAUGUCAGACCAACUGGAUUCUAAAGCAUUAUUUGGAUUUUACCAUUGUACUGAUGUCUUAGGAGAAUUUAUUUGGAGGCCAUCAGAAUUUACUAAAGCUUUGUCAACAGAUACUAUUAUAUUGCUUGAAGAUCUUGAAUUAGCACCAGUUGAUUUAAUUUCUGCAAUAAUGGAUUUAUGUCGUGAAAGAAUGGUUAAAUUAGUUUCAGGGGAUUUAAUUAAAUUAAAUGAUAGUUGUAGAAUUGUUGCAAGCAUGCGCACAGGAAUUUCAAUUCCUUAUGAAACAAGUUCUCUUUUGUCAAGUAUACCUUACAAGGUUGAACUUAAUUCUUUUACUAAUGAAGAAUUACUCAAUAUUAUAAAUUCUAAAUAUCCACGAUGUUUAACUAUUUCAAAAAGGAUUUUAGAACUUUUUAUUAAACUUUCUGAAAAAUUAAAAGAAUUACAACCUCGAGGAAGACAAUUAAUUUCAAAAGAUUUGUUUUGUGCUUGUAAACGUCUUGAAAAAAUUAAUGGAUUAUCAGAAAAUGUAAAAGUAAUGAUGGAAUUAAUAGAUGUAUGGGUUUUAUUUGUGGAUAAAAAGGAAAUUGUUUUUGAACUUGGAAAAUUGAUAGCUAGUCAUUUAGCUGUUACUGUUGAUCAGCUUCAUCAUGCCUUAAAUAUAAGGAAACCUUCUGUUGAAGCAUCUAAAACCGGUGUUACAAUUGGACGAGUAUUUCUUUCAAAACAUAAAGAACAUAUUAUUAAAAUAAAACAUUGUUCAUAUGGUAUGACUAAAGAUCUUUGUCAAUUAAUGGAAAGAAUUGCAAUUUGUAUUGAUAAUAAAGAACCAAUACUUUUAACUGGAGAAACUGGAGUUGGAAAAACUUCAGGUAUUCAAACAAUUGCUAUGUAUUUAAAUGCACAUUUGGAAGUUGUUAAUUUAUCUCAACAUUCAGAAUCUUCUGAUUUAAUCGGAGGAUAUAAACCUGUUUCACCAAUGACUUUAUUGCUACCUAUAAGAGAAACAUUUUUGGAUUUAAUGAAAAAUUGUUUUAACAUGGAGAAAAACCAAAAAUUUAUUGGACAUUUAGACAAAUUAUUAGAAAGUAAAAAUUUUAUUGAUAGUCUUAGAUUAAUUAAAAAGGCUUCUGAAAAUGCAAUUAGACAUGGAAAAUCAGCUAUUGAAUGGGCUAAAUUAAUUUCAAGAGUUCAAAGGAUGGAGUUAUCAUUAACAUCAUCUGCAUUUCCUUUUGCCUAUAUAAAAGGAAUAGUUUCUGAAGCUGCUCAAAAGGGGCAUUGGUUAUUAGUUGAUGAAAUAAAUCUUAGUUCUUCUGAAUGUUUAGAUGCUAUUAUUCAUAUUCUUGAUCAGACGUCAAUAUUGCAUAAGGACUUUAGGCUUUUUGCAUGUAUGAAUCCAGCAACAGAUGAAGGAAAAAGAAAUCUACCUAUUGGGGUAAGAUCAAGAUUUACAGAAUUUUUUGUUCAUGAAACGGAAGAAUCAGAACAAUUAUGUGAAAUUGUUAAAAAUUAUAUUCCAACAAUUUCAUUAGAAAAUAUGAAUAAAAUAACGGAAUUUUACGCUGAAGUUAGAAUUCAAUUUCCAAAAAUGUUUUCACUUAGAAAUUUAUGUCGUAGUUUGUCAGUUGCUUCUGAAAACCUAUAUGGUAACGUAUUCUAUUCAGUUUAUGAUGCUAUAGUUAUGUCUUUUACAUCCAAUUUAUCUUUAAAUGAACGUAGUAAAAUGGUAAAAAUUAUUGACCAUUAUUUUGCUAAAGCAAAAAACGUUGUUCUUAAAACUCCCAAAAAUGCUUCUAAAGAUUUUGUUAAUAUUGAAGGUUAUUUUGUUAAAAAAGGGUCAAUUGAUAUUGGAGAGGAUAAUCAAUAUGUUGUUACUACAACAAUAAAGGAAAACCUUCGACAAGUUGGACGUUUAGUUAGCUCAGGUAAAUUUCCAGUUCUUCUUGAAGGUGAAACAUCUGCUGGAAAAACUUCAAUGAUAAUGUAUCUUGCAAAAAUAACUGGAAAUCGUGUAUAUAGAAUUAAUAAUCAUGAAUAUACAGAUAUUCAGGAAUACAUUGGAAGUUAUCUUCCUGAUGAAAAUGGAAAAUUAAAUUUUGUUGAAGGUGUUCUACUGAAAGCUGUUAAAAAUGGUGAUUGGGUUAUUCUUGAUGAAUUAAAUCUUGCUCCUUCUGAUGUAUUGGAAGCAUUAAAUAGACUUCUUGACGAUAAUCGUGAAUUAUUUGUUUCUGAAUUUAAUAAAGCUUUUAAAGCUCAUCCAAAUUUCCGAUUAUUUGCAACUCAAAAUCCAGUUGGAAGUUAUGCAGGAAGAAAAAGACUUUCACGAGCAUUUCUAAAUAGAUUUGUCGUACUUCGAUUUGAUCAUGCUCCAAUGGAAGAACUAGUUGAAAUUAUUUGUCAUAAAUGUAAAGUUGCUCCAUCUUCUGCUCAAAAGAUGGUUGAUGUAUUAGUGGAAUUGAGAAAUAGAAGAAGUUUAAGUGGUAUAUUUUCAGCUAGUGAUGGUUUAAUGACAUUAAGAGAUGUAUUUAGAUGGGCAGGAAGAUUAGCUAAUAGUGGUGAUGAAGGAAAAGAUUGGAAACAAUGUCUUGCUAAUCAUGGAUAUUUUUUGUUAGCAGGACGAUGUAGAAAUAUAAAUGAUGAAAAUGUUAUAAAAAGUGUAUUAGAAAAGCAAUUAAAAGUUAAUAUUGAACCUGAAAAGUUAUUUAGCAUUGAUUCUAUAUUUAUGCCAAAAUUUGUUGUUGAUUUGAUGUCCAAAAAUGAAAAUAGCAGUAUUAUAUUGACAGAAGGAAUGCGCCGUAUGCUUGUACUAUCAUAUCAAGCUUGGAGAGUAAAUGAACCUGUGUUACUUGUUGGUGAAACUGGUUGUGGUAAAACAACUUUAUCACAAUUAAUUAGUAAUGAUCAAAUUUUAUCAAUAAAUUGUCAUGAAAAAACAGAAACCUCUGACUUUUUAGGAAGAAUAAGACCGUUACCAUCAGGAGAUUUUGAAUGGGUUGAUGGUGUUGUAGUUCAGGCUAUGAAAGAAGGAAAAAGUAUCUUAAUAGAUGAAAUUUCACUUGCUGCUGAUAGUGUUUUAGAACGUCUAAAUCCAUUACUUGAGUCAGAAAGAACUCUUCUUUUGAGUGAUGCUGGUGAAAGUGAAUUAAUUAUUGCAAAAGAUGGUUUUCAAAUUGUUGCUACCAUGAAUCCAGGAGGUGACUAUGGAAAAAAGGAACUUUCAAAAGCAUUGAGAAACAGAUUUACUGAAAUAUGGUGUAAAGCUUCAUUUUCGGAAGAGGAAUAUCAAAAAAUUGUUGAAAGAAGACUUCAUCAUUUGGUUACUUCGAAUAGGCUUAAAAAAAAUAUUUUAAAUAAUGUAGCAAAAGUUAUUAUUAAAUUUUUUGCUUUCUUUAGUAAGAAAUACGGGUGCAUUUUUAGAUUUCCAUUUUCUAUUAGAGAUGUUGUUGCUGCUUCAGAAAUGUUUGAAGCCUGUUUUAAUAAGGGAAUCUCAAUUGCAUUAUCAAUUUACCAUUCAUUUUCUUCAAUUUUAUUUGAUUCUUUUGGCAUAAUGAUAUCACGGAGUUCAAUAGAUGAAAAUGAAAUAAAAAAUGAUUGUUUAAAUGAACUUGAAAGUAUCUUAAUUACAAAUGGUAUUUCAACAGAUGGAUUUAAAAAUGUGUAUUGUGAUGCCAUAGCACCAGUACAAAUUUCAAAUGAUGGUUUAUCGAUACCACCGUUUGAAAUAUUAUUAGGCAAAUACCCUCAGAAAGUUAUUAAGUCAUUUACUUUUGAUGCACCAACUUGUAAUAAGAAUGUCUUAAGACUUGCACGUGCUUUAUUGAUAAACAAACCAGUUAUGCUUGAAGGUUCUCCAGGAGCUGGUAAAAGUAGUACUGUUAUGGCUCUUGCCUCAGUUACUGGACAUAAGUUAAUUCGUCUUAAUCUUUCAGAUCAGACGGAUUUAUGUGAUCUUUUUGGUUGUGAUGUACCAAUAACUUUAGAAGAUGGGAAAACUUCUUUUGUUUGGCAAGAUGGACCAAUUUUAAAAGCAAUAAAAGAAGGAUGUUGGAUUUUAUUGGAUGAAAUGAAUUUGGCUUCACAAAGCGUUUUAGAAGGAUUAAAUUCAUGUUUUGAUCAUCGUAAAGAAUUGUUUAUAGCAGAACUAAAUAAAACAUUUGAUAUUGGAGUUUCAAGUUGUAGAUUUUUUGCUUGUCAAAAUCCUCGUGGCCAAGGUGGUGGUAGAAGAUCGCUUCCAAAAUCAUUUUUAAACAGAUUUACUUCAAUAUACGUUGAUGAAUUAUCACCUAAUGACUUUGAAAUGGUACUGAAAAAAAGCAAUCAAAAUUUAAGUGAUACUUUAAUUAAAAAUAUGGUUGAAAUAAAUAAAGAAAUUUCUAAAAAAAUUAAGAAUGGUUGGAUUCCUGAAGGUUCACCUUAUGAAUUUAAUUUAAGAGAUCUUUUAAGAUGGGCUAGUAUUACAAGCAAUGAGAAUGAUGUUGAUAAAGGAUUUGACAUUUUAUAUAUUUCUAGAAUGAGAAAUGCAAAUGAUAAAAAUGUAAUGAAAGAAAUUUUUUACAGUGUUUUUGGAGUACCUUUUAUGCCUCUUAUUCCUGCUAUUCGUUGUAUUGAUGAUAAUAUUUCAAUUGGUGGAGAAUCAUUUACAACUGAUGACAUUAAAUAUCUCAUUAAAAAUAAGAAAUUUUUACUACCAUCACAAUUAUCAACUUUACAAAAACUUAUUGUAAAUGUUAAUAUGAAUUGGUUAACACUUUUGGUUGGUGAAAGUUUUAUCGGUAAAAGGACACUGAUUGAAAUAUUAGCUGGUUUAUAUGGAAAAAAAUUGAAUCAUAUGAGAUUGACAGCUAAUACAGAUGCUUUGGAACUUCUAGGAUCAUAUGAACAUUUGUCUAAUGCUGUUGAUUUUAAUAAUCUUAAACAAAAUUACAUAAAUGACAUUAAAAAAUUAAAUGUUGUUGAAAAACUGAUUGAAGAAGCUGAAGAAGCAGAAGAUAUCUUACAAUUGCGACACAAUCUUCAUGUUAUUUGUUCAUUAGAUAUUAAUGAUGAAAUAAAAAACAAUUUAUCAAAAUAUGAUGAAGAAUUUGCCAGUUCAAAUCUUUGUUUUGAAUGGAGAAAUUCUGUAUUUCUUAACUCAUACCUUAAUGGCGAAUGGAUAUUAAUUGAAAAUGUCAAUUGUUGUAGUGGUGCUGUGUUGGAUCGUCUUAAUACUUGUUUAGAAAAUGAUGGAGAAUUAACUCUUCCUGAACAUUCUGUUGAAGGUGAUGGUGUUAUAAAAGCACACAAAAAUUUUAGAGUGUUUUUCACAAUGAAUCCACAAUUUGGAAAUCUUUCAAGAGCUAUGAGAAAUCGUUCUGUUGAAAUGUUUAUUUUAGAAAGUGACGCUUGGUGGAAUAAUAUUAGGGAUAAACUCAAUUUGAUAAAUAUUGAUAAUAAUAAAAUUGAAUAUGAAGAAAAAUUGUCAUUUGAUAGUAGCUUGCAAAAUAUGAAGGCGAAAGAUAUUUUGAAUUUUGCUGCAUUAAAUGGUGAUAUUUAUAAUAAUAAACAAGAUAAUUCCAUGGAUACAACAACACUAUCAGAAACAUCUACUUUGUGGUUUCCAAAAGUUUGUGACAUUAAUAAGGAAGAUUUACCGAAGUGGAUUGCUAAUGCUUGGAAAUUUGCUUCUAAAGGAGAUUAUGUUAGUGGAUUACUUUGGUGUUUAUGUGCUUUUGAUGGAAAAGAAAUUAAUGAUUUAAAGGAAUUUAUUUUUCAGUUAUUUAAUAGUGUUAAUAAGACUACUGUUAAUUAUCUAUUGGAUCAUUUUCUAUCACUUCAAGGAUACAAUGAUCAAAGAAUAUUUACUUUGUCAUCUAGAAACAAUCCAAAGUUUGACAGAAUUUUAGAUGAUUUCUCACUUGAAUCUUUCUCGAUAUGGUGUCAUAACAUUAUUCAUGAUAUUGAAAUUUCAGAAGAUUCAUUUUAUAAUACAAGUGUUAAAGCAAAUAAAGGACAAAUUGAUAUUAAAAAAGUCUCUUCUCCAGUUAUUCUUCAUAUUGCUUCAUUUGUUGAUGAGCUUAAAAAAUUUAUUAUUUCUAAAAAUCGUGGAGAAAAAGUCUUUUCUGAGUAUAUUGAACUUUUAACAAAAAUAAUCCUUGUAAUUAAAUUUACAUAUACUAGUCCAUCUGACAUUUUUGGGUUAUGGCCAACACAAAUUACUUGGAACAGUAUCAAUCAUAAUUAUUUUGUUAAUUUAACAAAAAAUAGUAUGAAUUUAUUUAGAUUUCAUUCUCGUAUUAAUAAAUAUUGGUCUCAAGAAGAUAGAAAUCAAGUAACAUUCUUUAACAGUGUACGUAAAUCUUUUGAUUUUUGUUCAACAUUUGAGGAUGAUAAUGAAUAUCUUAAAAAUGCUUUAUUAGCCUUAAAUUAUGCAGAAAGUCAAUUAAGAAUAAAGAUUCAAGAUCCAACACGUGGUGGUGCUUUGGAACAAUCAUUAGAUAUGAUAAAUGAUGUAUCAUAUUUCCGUAAAUUAAUUAAAUCAAGUGACAUUGAAUGUUCAAUAUUUCCUGGAGUUUUAUUUGCUCAAAGUAUUGAGUGGAAUAAUGAGAUUGAUGAACGUAUUUUCUAUUUACUUUUAUUUUUAAAUUCUUCAUCAGCAGUUGGUGAUUUUAUUUCUGCCAAAAAAAAUAUAGAUCUUGUUGAUACACCAAUUAUAAGUGAAUUAGUUUCAAAUGUAUGGAGAAAUUUAAAAUUUAAUAAUUCAUUUUGUGAAAUAACAAUAAAAGAUUUUGGUAAAGCAAUGAGAAAUAUAAAAGAUUUUUAUAAUAGUUUAUGGUGUUAUGGACGAGGAUAUACUAAAAUAUCAAAAGAAAUAAAAGAUGAGUUAAUUGAAAUACUUCAAUUUUAUCAUAUUAGAUCAACAAAUGAAAUGAAGAAAAAUUUCUAUGAUGAUUCAUUGGAUUAUAUUCAAUCUACUAGUAAUUCAGAUGAAUUUUGGAAUGGAAUUAUAAAGUUGGGAUUACAUUUGUUAAAAUCAUUUACACCUCCAAUCUGUCUUAUUGAUCCUUUACUUUAUGAUCAAAUUGUUUCAGAUGUAUGGAAAGCACAAAUGGAAUUAACAACUAGAUUGGUUAUUGUAUUUAAAAAUUAUCUUGAAGUUACAGCCAAUUUUACAAAUACAAAUAUAUUUAAAUUUACAGAAUUUCCUCUUUUAUACAAUCUUAUUAUAACAAAUGAAAGAAUAACAAAAAAUUUAGAAGAAAUUAAUAUAAAUGAAAACUUUUAUCGUCCAAAGUAUGAUGUUUUUGAAUCAAUGAAAAGAGAACUUAUUAAUUUUACAAGUCUUGUAGAAGAACAAUAUACAAUUGUUUCUGAAAAAUUGCUUAAUAAUACAUGGCAAGAUUUAUCACUUACUAGUUUAAAAAUGCUUAAGAAUCAAAUUGAUUCUUUUAUUUUGAAUGUAUCUGGAUUUUUUAAUAUUUGUCAAAAUUAUUUUAAUCUUCCUGAUAUUGUUAUUCCUUAUCUUACGGCAUUGAAUAUUUUUACAUUAUCUACAAAUAUAUUUUCUAGAAGAAUAGAAUGUUAUUUAAAUAAUUUAGAAAUUGGAAUUGAAUCAUUAAUUCCAAAAGAUAUAAACAUUCAUGAUAUAAUUAAGACACAACAUAUAAAUGAUUCAUUAAGAAAAUGGAUGAUUUCUUCUUAUUCUUUUCUUCCAAUUCAAUUUCAAUAUCGUUUUAUUUUGAAUACAGUAAAAGUACCUCUUACUUUUGAUAAAACACCUUUAGAUUGGAUAUUUAAAAAAUGGAAAAUUUGGCAUACUAAUAAUACUGAAAAAAAAGAAAAAUUAUUUAUUUAUAAAAAAAAAGGUAUUAAUGAGGAUGAGGAUGAACCAAUUGAUGAAGAUGAAAUGGAUUUAAAAGAUGUUUUUCCUGACUAUUCAGAUGAAGCAUUUGUUGAAGAUGUUAUAGCUGUCUCUUCAGAAGCUUUAAUUAAUGAACCAUCAUUAACAGGUCAACAAAUGCAUGAAUUAUUAUAUGCUUUUAUUGAUAAAGAAGUUGAUUAUAAAACACCAGAAGCUGAUAAUCUUUAUCUUCCUGCUUUAUAUCUAACAAAUUAUCUAAUACCUAGUGGAAGAUUAAAUAUUAUAAAUGAAGAAAGUACUAUAGAUGGUCAUUUAAUUGCUCUUAAUAAAAUGAUACAAAAAAUUGAAAAGAAAACAACUUCUGUUAAUAUUGAUGCAAAAAGUUUUAAUGUUUACCAUGAAAAUAUACCAAAAGAAGUUUUUGAAUCAAUUAAAUUAGUUAAGGAUCUUGAGGUUCGUAUAUUAGAACUUAAAAGUGAAUAUGAAGAUAAUUCUAUACUUAUUAGUAUAUUAGAAUGUAUAGAUAGAUAUUUUAAUUGUUCAUCUAAUUUACCACUUAUGCUUCUUGCUGCACGUGUUGAAAGAAUACUAAAUGAGUGUGAAAAUUGGCAGCAAAUUGCUGAUCGUGCUCAUUCAAUUAUUAAUCAAACUGAACCAUUAAAGAAACUUUUGCUUGAAUGGAAAAAGAUGGAAGUCUUAUGUUGGAAAGAUAUUUUAAAAAGAGUUUAUUAUGAAAAUAAUCAAUUGACAUUAUUAAAAAGUUUUCCUUUAAUUGAAAGUUUUUAUGAUUGUCUUAAUUUGGAAGAUGAUGAAAAUAGUACUAAAAAUCUUUUAGCUAUGCUUAUUGAAUGGUUAUAUAAUUCUACAUUAACAGAUUUUGAUGCACGUCUUCAAAGUGCUCUUCUUAUGGCUAAAUGGAUAGAAUUUUAUUUAAAUCAUAAUGAUAUUGGUGAAAGAAAAAAAUAUUAUUAUAAUUUAAUUAAAAAAUUACGAUCUGCACACAAACAUUUGGAACAAUUUAAAGAAUCUAUAAAUAAAAAAUUAAAAGAUGUUACAUCAAAAAUUGAAAAUGAAUUGAAAGAAUUUGUUGAUGUUCUCAAAUUCACUGAUCUUAAUUUAUGGAGUGUAAAAGAAAGUACCAAAAAAGCUCAUGGACAAUUAUUUAAUAUUUUAAGGCAUUAUAAAUUUUGUUGUAAACAACCUAUUUCUGAUGUUUUUGAAAUACCAAUGGAGCCUAAUUAUGAUGAUUUAAUUGAAACAGAAUUUGAAUUACCAAAGAAUAUCAUUUCUGAGGCACUUGUAAAAGAGUCAAAGACAAUGAAAUUAAUGUUAGAAAAUUUAAUAAAUGUAACUGAUCGUGAUCAAAUAACAAAUAUUAUUGGAUUUGUCAUUCAUUGUGAUACUUUAAUAAAAACUCCAAUUGUAUAUGAAGGUAGUAUUGAAGAAAAAGAAAAGCAACAGGGUCGAGCUCAAUUUGAUCGUCAAAAAAUGUUUUCAUUACUUAUUAAAAAAUGUAAUGCUAUAGGAUUAAAUAGUAGAAAAGGUAUGACAAUAAUUUCAGAAAAAUUAACUAUAAAUACAGUUAUGGAAAUAGAAUUGAAAUAUUUAAAUGAUGUUACGAUAAUUGAAAAACUUUUACGUCACGGAGCAGCUUCUAGAAAUGCUUUGUUGAAACAUACUACAAAACCUAAUGAUCAAAUAACACCUUCAAUUUUAAAUCACAUAAAAGGAAUUACUGAUUAUUGUUUAUUUUGGUUAUAUAAUGCUUCAAUGACUGGUGAUAGUAUUGGAAAGUUUAAAUACGAUUUAAAAAUAAUUGACAAAUUUUUAAAACAAAGUAAAGAAAAUUAUCAAUUAAAUAGUAAAAAUUUCCAUCACCAAAACUUUUCAAGAAAAUUAAAUAAUAUUACAAAACACCUUCCAAAAUUAAUUACUAUAACCACAAGUUUAGUUGAUAUAAUACAUAGUGCUCCUGAAAAUAGUAUGAAUUCUAUUUUUAAUGAUGAUAUUACAAAUACUUUUGAUGGAUUAUAUAAAAAACAUAGUCAAUACAAGCAUAUUCUUGAUUAUGCUGAAAAAUCUCAAAAUAUGGCAGAUGAAUUAAAAAUUUUUAUUGAAAAAAAAAUUGAUUAUCAAUUUGAAUACAAAAUCUGGAAUGUCAAUGAAGUAACAUUAAUUGUUGAAACAGUCACUAAAAAAUGUCAGGAAAUAGAAAAAUAUUCUAAAAAUCUUUUAACUUGGACCCCAAAAUAUGUGGAUGAUAUUAAUUUUCUUUGUAAAGAAAUAGUUAACGAAUUAAAAGAGGAUGAAAUGACUUCAAUUUAUGAAAAAGAAACAUCUGAUGAACUUGAAAGUGUUCUUUUAUGUUUACAAAAAAUGUACAAAAUAAUUAAUGAACAAGUUAAUGAUCUUAAUUUUAAAUAUAAUCAUAAUCCAAUAGAUGAUGUGAAACGAAUUCUUGAAGGUGUCUCUGUUAUAAAUGUUCCUGUUGAAAGAUUUUUGUCAUUAGUUGUUAAAAUUAGCCAAAAUCAUAUAUUUGAUUAUGAAUAUUUAAAGAAAGCUGUUGAUGCUUGUGACUUUUUAACAAAAGUUUACAAUCAUUUUGAUUCCAUCAUCAGUCAAUUUUUAAAAGAUAUUUUAUUAUUUUACAUUUAUUUUGAAAAUUUCUCCUACACAUUAUUAGAAAAAGGAUUUGUUAAUUCUAUACCAAAAUCUGAGGAAGGUGAAACUAAAGAUGGUAAAGAAAGUAGUGGUGGAGAGAAUGCUGGAAUGGGAGAAGGUGAGGGAGAAAACGAUGUUUCUGAUCAAAUUGAUAAUAUGGGACAAAUUGAAGGAUUAGAGGGUGAAAAUGACAAAAAACCAGACAAUGUUCCAGAGAAACAAAAUGAUGAUGAAAAACCAAUUGAAAUGGAUGAAGAUUUUGCAGCAGAUCUUGAAGAUUUAGAUUUAGAAGAAAAUGAUGAAAAGGGUGACAACAAAGAUGAUGAUGAGGAAGAUGAUAAAGAGCCUAAUGUAGAUUGGAAUAAAGGUGAUAUUGAUGAAGAAGAUGAAAAACAAUUAGAUCCUGAAAUAUGGGACAAAGAAGAUAAAGAUGAUGAUAUGAAUAUUGAUCAAGGAAACGAAGGAGCUAAAGAGGAGACAGAUGAGCUUGGUGCUAAAGAUAAUGAUUCACCGGUAAGUGGUGAAAAGGAUGAACCAAAGCUAACAGAUGAAAAUGAAGAAGGUAAAGAUGAUGAUGAUGAUGAAGCAAAUCAAAAUGAUGAUGACAAAGAUAACGAAAACACAGAUGAUGAAGAUCAUCUUGAAAAUAUAAAUACUUGUGAUGUAGAUAAUGAUACUGAUAUUGAGGACAACCAAUCUGUCGGAGACGACACUGAACAGAUAGAUGAUGCAAGAAAUGAAAACCAAGAAGAUCCAACAGAUACUGGUGAAGUUGAAGAAAAUGAAGAAGAAACAACUGCAGAAGAGUUGCCACCAGAGCUUGAAAUGGUUAACGAUGGUUGUCAAGCAAAUGAUGAUGGUGAGAAAGUUGAUGAUAGUGAAGCACAUAAUGUAGGUCAAGACAAUUCAAGUAACCCUACUGAAAAUAUUGAAAAUGAAUCUAAAGAAGCUGAGGAAAAUCAAAUUGAGAAAGAAAAUACUGAAGGUGCUUCUAAUGAGAAUAAUCAAACAGAAAUUGCUGAAAACGUAUCAGAAAAUGUUGCUUCAAAAUCUAAAAAUGUUGAAAAGAAAAAUGAUCCUAAACAGGAAGAUUCUGAGAUAAAUAAUUCAGAGAAAGAAGAAUCAAAUAAAGAAUUAGCAGAUAACACAGAUGAGGUUGAUGAUAAUAAAUCUGUAGAAGGUCAUUCAGAUGAUGAAGAUGCUAAGACAGAUGAUGAGGAUUAUUUACUUGCACAUAAUAAUAAAAAUAGUACAAAAGAAAGGCAAAUUAUUAAAAGUGCUACUAUGGAAGAAGCUAAAAAUACAAGAGGUAUUUAUGAUGAUAGAAAAUAUAAACAGAUUAAGAAAGAUGAAGAUAAUGUUAAUAUGUCUAAAAAUGAUGAAAAUUCACUCGAUGAGGAUAAAGAAGAAAAUAUUGUUUCUGAUGAUGAAAUGGAUGUUGAUGAUACUUAUAAGAAAUCUAUUAUUAAAUUAGACGUUGAAAAUUUAGAUUUUGAUAAUUUAAGUGAAAUAAAGAAAAACUUUACUGUAGAUAGAUUUACUGAAGAUGGAAAUAUUGAAGAAAACAGACAUUUUGAUAAUGAGUGGAGUAACAUUACGUCUUCAGUGUCAACUCUUGCAUAUGAAUUAACUGAAUACUUACGAAUUAUAAUUGAACCUACUAUUGCUUCAAAACUAGAAGGUGAUUAUCGUUCUGGUAAGCGUCUCAAUAUGAGAAGACUCAUUUCAUACAUUGCUAGUGGUCAUAGAAAAGAUAAAAUUUGGAUGAGACGAACUAAAAAAGCUAAAAGAAAUUAUCAAGUAUUAUUAGCUAUUGAUGAUUCUGCUUCAAUGAAUGAAAAUAAGAUAAAUCAAUUAACUUGUCAAAGUACAUGCUUAAUUGAAAAAGCUCUUUCUCAACUUGAAAUAGGUGAAAUAGCUGUUUGCAAAUUUGGUAAUGAUGUUCAAAUGAUUUCGGAUUUCUCAACACACGGGGAUACAUUUGGAAGAAAACUAUUACAAGGAUUAAAGUUUGAUCAAGAUAAAACAGACUUAUUAAAUCUUCUGAAUGUUUCAUCUCAAGUAUUAAGUGAUGCAAAUGCAGAAAAACCCUCAAAUCAAAUGAUGAUUAUACUUUCAGAUGGUCAUGGAGCUUUAUCCGGUAAAGUUGAUCAAUUGAAUAAUGCUAUUAAAAACUUAAUUUCACAAAGAGUUACCGUUCUUUUUAUUAUUUUGGAUAAUGGAAAGAAGUCAAUAAUGGAUAUGAAACAAACACAGUUUUUGCCUAAUGGUACUGUUCAAUUUACUCCAUAUAUGAGUCUAUUUCCAUUUCCAUUUUAUACAGUUUUAAGAGAUAUCACAUCACUUCCGUUAACAGUUUCAGAAGCUAUUAAACAGUGGUUUGAAUUUACAACAAGAUAA